AUGGAGUCUUCAAACACUCAGCGACGGAUCACAAAGCGAUCAUCAUACGCAUGCUCGCGAUGUCGGAGGCAAAAGAUCAAAUGCUCUGGAUUGCAUCCGUGCAACAACUGCACGCAGCGGCGGCUGACAUGCAUAUUUGACGAGCGCGAUAAUAAGGUUAUGGUAACGCAAGGAUAUCUGUCUGAGCUUCAGCAAAAGAUUGCACGUUUGGAAAGGCUUCAAGCGAGGGCAUUUGCCGAGCAGAGUCUAAGAAGUAGUGACGCUAGUGCUGGACGCACAGGAGCCCAACAAGAAGAUGAAUACGCGGAUGCUUCACAAUUCGAUGAGCAGCGUAGGCAAAGUUACCACGGCCCUGGCGCAGUUCGGCGGGGCUCUCCGUUCAGGGGCCAACAGGAUGGAGAUGAUCCUGACCUCACAAAUCCACUUACAGCAACACCAUCACGCUAUUGCCUAUCGGCGUCAAAUGGAAUGGCUUACUUCCUCGGUGCUUCAUCAAACUGGUCAUUUUCUCGUCAAGUGCUCAGUGUUACCCAUGAACACGUCUGCCAAGCACCACUCCCUACAAAUAGCCUUCUUUUCGACGGUUGCGCCUAUGAACUUGGAUGGGAUGGCUCUCGGGUCUCCCAGACAUUGGAUAACAGGUUGAUACCCAGUAUUGACUAUGCCAUCUUCCUUAUCAAUGCGGUCAAGUUUCACUGCGGUCAAUUGUUCCAUCUUUUUGAGGUGGACGAAUUCAUGACCAAUAUGCACAAUUUCUAUGCCAAAUCUUCCGCUGACAGAGCAGAAGAUACCAGCCUUUGGUAUAUCCACUUCCUCGUUAUCCUUGCCUUUGGCAAGAGUCUCAUCCAGCGAAAGAACCAAGGGAAGAGACCUUCAGGCGCAGAAUUCUUUGCCAGGGCUCUCCAGCUCUUGCCGGAUGUCACCGCUCUGUGCAAGGAACCGAUUUUAUCAUCCGAGAUUCUAUGUGCUAUUGCUUGGUAUUACCAAGCCUUGGACUUCCGUCAUGCCGCUCACAACUUCAUUGGCCAAGCUAAAAGUAUGGCGAUGAAUCAUGGAAUGCACACAGACAUGCCGGUAAUGGAUCUGGGUCCAGAACUUGUUCAGAGGUGCCGCAAGAUCUGGUGGACGGUUUAUGUUUUAGACCGACAAAUGAGUUCGCUGAUGGGGCUCCCUCAGUCGACUCUAGACGAAGGUGUUUACUGCCAGCUUCCGUCAUAUUCGGGCUCCGUACAACGCACGACGGCACUGAGCAUGCAGAUCAAGUUUGCUCGUAUUAUUGCCGAGAUCAGUAGCAGUUAG